AUGCAUGUCGGUAGAACAACGUUGGAUUCGAAUUGGUUCAUGCAAUUCAUAUUCGCGCUUUUUGUUCUCGCUUUGGGGGCUCUUCAUCUGAUCAAGAACACGGCCUCGAAAUACUUGGAAGUCGACGCCGGUUUCGAUCGCGGACUAACAAUGCCUUCCUUCCCCAUCGACAACGAUGUCUCUGCCUGCGCCGUUUGCUCCAAUCCCGCCCCCAAGAAGUGUUCGCGUUGUAAAUCUGUGCACUGGAAAGAUGGGCAUAAGACAAAGUGUAAAGUAAUAAAUUCAGCAGCAACUGCAAACACAAAACCAUUUUCCAGAGUUGCUUUGGUUCCUGCCUGUGGAACCUCUAAGAUGAGCAAGAAGCCAAGAAAGGUUCUUUUCCCAUAUAAUGAGUUUGUAAAACUUUUCAACUGGGAGAAACCAGGAUUCCCUCCGUGUGGACUCUUAAAUUGUGGGAAUAGUUGCUUUGCCAAUGUAGUUCUGCAAUGUCUUGUAUCUACCCGGCCACUUGUUGCGUACUUGUUGGAGGAAGGGCAUCGGAAAGAACGCAGACGAAAUGAUUGGUGUUUUCUGUGUGAGCUUCAAACUCUAGUCCAAAGAUCAAGCCAGACUCAGAAUCCAUUUUCACCAAUUAAUAUUCUCUCACGCCUGCCUAAUAUUGGAGGUAAUAUUGGUUAUGGAAAACAGGAGGAUGCUCACGAAUUCAUGAGGUUUGCGAUUGAUACAAUGCAAUCGGUCUGCCUUGAUGAAUUUGGUGGGGAAAAGUCUGUAGAUCAUAGCUCUCAAGAGACAACCCUUAUUCAGCAUAUAUACGGUGGUCAUCUGCAGUCUCAGGUGAUUUGUUCAAAUUGCAAUAAGGUUUCAAAUCAAUAUGAAAAUAUGAUGGACUUAACUGUUGAAAUUAAUGGAGAUACUUCAUCACUGGAGGAAUGCCUUGAACAAUUCACCGUUAAAGAGUGGCUUCAUGGGGAAAAUAUGUACAAAUGUGAUAGUUGCAAUGACUAUGUCAAGGCAUGGAAGCGGCUUACUAUGCGAUGGGCUCCUAACAUUCUUACAAUUGCCUUAAAAAGAUUUCAGAGCGGCCGGUUUGGAAAACUCAACAAAAGAGUCAGCUUUCCUGAGACAUUAAAUCUUACCAAUUAUAUGAGUGAAGAUGGAGAUGAUACCAAUGUAUACAAACUUUAUGCAAUUGUUGUCCAUGUGGAUAUGCUGAAUGCCUCCUUUUUUGGUCAUUACAUCUGCUAUACCAAAGAUUUCAGUGGAAACUGGUAUAGAAUUGAUGACUGUAAGGUCAUGAGAGUUGAACUCGAAGAGGUACUUUCUCAGGGAUCGUAUAUGCUUUUGUAUAGCAGGGUUUCCGUACACCCGUCGUGUCUUAGAACUUCAGGAACUCAGUGGAAGGAUGAACAGAAAUCGACGAAAGGUGCUGUUGAGCAUUGUCUGAAGGAACAAAUUCAGUCUGUACCUGUAAAUGAGUCUGUUACUUCUGAUCUUUCUCCACCCCUGUUAUUGAAUGGUAGUUUGCAUUCAGAAAUUCCUGGACUUAAAGUUGAGUCAUCUACAGGAAAGAACACUAAUGCCAUUCAUCAACAUCAGGAUGCUGAUGUGGUUCAGUUAUGGUCAAAUUCAUCUCUUUCAGAGAAUCUUCCCUUCUGUAAAAACAAUCUCUCAUUCCAGAAUGAUUCACAAGCUAUCAGAAUAAACCGCAAUGAUUCGGAUAAGGUUAAUUAUAUAGCCGUGACAGAAAAUCCGGAGCAUAUGAACAGGAUUAGUACUCAGCCAUGUUCUUCUCAUAAGGAGGUUUGCAGGUUUGACAAACAUCUGCUUGUUUCCGCCAGCUCUGAGUAUAUAAAAGCUCAAAAAGUGAAGCUGCUUGAUGCUAAGCAAUGUUCAUCACUUCCGAAAGAAAUAAAAACUUUCGAGUUAGAUUCCGAAGACGACGUUGAUUUGGCCAUUUCCAAAUCAACUCCAUCUACCCAGGGGGAUAACCAGCCAUUACAACAGUAG